CACAAUCUUCCCCAAGGACACAACCAGAUCUCCUGGCUCACAUUUGUUGGGGUGGGGACUGUUAAUGAAAUUAGAACCCCGUUUUCUUGGUAAACCAUUUUAACCUGAAGUCGUGAGUAUUCCUUGAGCUUGGUGCACCAGGGCAUGGAGGAACUUUGCUACAACUUUGAGCAGGGUGACCCCGCUCUGGAAUUUCUCCUCUGGGAGCCGGCAGAUCCUGACACACAGCUGGAGAACUUCCUCCUGGAGUGCCUGGCAAAGCCCUCCUGGCCAGAGCCAGGGGGUGCUGAACCGGACAAGUGCCCUGCCCCGCCGGACCCGCCCGGGCGGCCCCGGCAGCGCCGUGCCGCCAACCUCCGCGAGCGGAGGAGGAUGCUCAGCAUCAACUCGGCCUUCGAGGCGCUGCGGGGCCACGUGCCCACCUUCCCCUACGAGAAGCGCCUCUCCAAGAUCGACACGCUGCGCUUGGCCAUCGCCUACAUCGCCCUGCUCGGCGACAUCCUCCUGUCCGGCUGUGACCCCAAAGCCUACGUGGAGCAGUGCCUGAGGAGCGGCUUCCAAAGCCCCCAGAGGGCCGCCUGGGAUACGAGUGAUCUGACAGCCCGCCUGUCCUGGGUAAAGUGGGAUUAAGGAAAGGCCUUAAAAGGCAGCAAAACCUGAGGCCUGGAGUGCUGGAUGCCAGCUGCUCAAUUCCCAGCACUGCAAGUGAGAACCCUGCGCUAACGACCUCACUCAUUGUCCCAGAGCACCUCCCCACCACAUUUCCAGCACCCAGCCCCUUUCUCUGUUGAUUCAUCACUCUCUAAGGGCCUUCUGCUUCUCUUUCUCCCGGCUGAUAGACCUGCACUCGCUUAAAAACAACAAAACAUUAAAAACCAGUGCCAGCAUAACCACAGCCCCAACAUUUUCUCUUCCACUGGAUGACGAUUAUGUCCAAAUCCCAUUUCUAGCACGAGAGAAACAAGAUCAUAAGGAAAAAAAACUAAGCAACACCUGUGAAAAUCUAGUGCUUGGCUUAAGAUACCCAGGGCGUUGGCUGUGAAAGUCACCAGUGAUUCAGAGACCAUGAAAGUCCAGGAUGUGAGACAUGGCUCUGUAGAUAUCCAAAAUUUCCCAGAAAUCUUCACAGAAUCCCAGAGAGGUUUGGGUGGAAGGGACCCUAAAGCUCAUCUCAUUCCCACCCCCUGCCAUGGGCAGGGUCACCUUCCACUAUCCCAGGUUGCUCCAAAUCCCAAUGUCCAUCCUGGCCUGGAACACUUCCAGGGAUCCAGGGGCAGCCACGGCUUCUCUGGGCACCCUGUGCCAGGGUCUCACCACCCUCAAUCUGAAACCAUUUCGCCUUAAUGUUCUCUAUCAUGGCAUUUCAUAGCAGGAAAGAAAAUAAAAUGUAUUUAUUAUUUAUCAUUCUCAUUAGUUCAUCUCACAGCUCCCACCUCUACGAAGCAAAAGCUCGUCAGGAACUGAGCUUUUGCUCUGGUUGAUGGUUUUGGGGGAGGUGAAGAGGGGCCUUA